CUCGCUCUCUCUCGCUCUCUCUCUCUCUCUUUAACUCUCUCGCCCACAAAAUCGACUUUGAACCUGUUUGUUUAAAUACACGGACUUUACAGCCUGCAGACUUACUGUUGAUUCUGUAGGCGGAGGGGAGCGAAGUUUCUUCAAUUUGGGGUCAAUUUUGGAGCCGCUCUAAAACUUUUUGGAGUCCUCAUGGUGCCCGGUCUAGCCGAGGUGCCCGACGCAGUAAAUGAGCUUCUCUUAUCCGAGAUUUUCGGACGAGGUGUUGCAGCUGUCACCGACCAUGGAGUCCGGAACUGAACCGGGGAGGUACUGAAGACAUCUCUCUCCCCCGGGAGAGUCCUCCCUCCCCCCGGGGCGAUGCGGAUCUCCUUCCUUCUUCUCACCGCCUCUCUGUGUGCCUUGGUCCUCCUCCUCGCACCUGCCUCGGAGGGCUGCGGGCCGGGGAGGGGGUACGGCAAGAGACGGCCUCCAAAGAAGCUCAUCCCGCUAGCCUACAAGCAGUUCAGCCCCAACGUAGCCGAGAAGACCUUGGGAGCCAGCGGACGGCCCGAGGGCAAAAUAACGCGCAACUCCGAGCGCUUUAAAGAACUGACGCCGAAUUACAACACAGAUAUUAUCUUCAAAGAUGAGGAGGACACGGGCGCCGACAGGCUCAUGACCCAGCGUUGUAAAGACAAGUUAAACUCUCUGGCCAUCUCUGUGAUGAACAUGUGGCCGGGCGUGAAGCUCAGAGUGACAGAGGGCUGGGAUGAGGACGGCCAUCAUUCAGAGGACUCACUGCACUAUGAGGGACGUGCUGUUGACAUCACCACCUCAGACAGGGACAGAAACAAAUAUGCCAUGUUGGCCCGACUGGCCGUAGAAGCUGGAUUUGACUGGGUCUACUAUGAGUCCAAGGCCCACAUUCACUGUAGUGUCAAGUCAGAACAUUCUGUGGCAGCCAAAACUGGUGGUUGUUUCCCUGGCGACGCUCAGGUCAUCCUGGAGGGUGGAGCUACUAAACAGAUGCGUGACCUUCUCCCUGGUGAACGUGUUUUGGCUUCUACAACAACAGAUGGCCAUGGCCCGCUUCUCUAUAGCCCAGUAUUAUCCUUUUUGGAUCGCCAGCCCAACAUCACAAAGAUCUACUACGUCAUUGGCACCAACGCAGGACUUAAUAUUAUGCUCACAGCGGCACACCUGAUCUUUGUUGCAGACUGUACUGGGGAACUGAGUGAGCCAGGAUGGGAAGAGACAGCUGGGGGGCCAUUUCUGGGCUCCAUACGUGGAGCCAAGCCUAGCCGGGAGGCAGGUCUGAGGACAAUUUUUGCCAGUGAGGUCCAGCCCAGACAGUGCGUGGUAACAUCACAAGGGAAAGGGGCAACACUUUCAGCUGUGACCUUUGUAGAGGAGCUGAAAAUCACUGGGUUAUAUGCCCCACUAACCCAGCACGGGUCUAUAGUGGUGAACGGCGUACUGGCAUCAUGCUAUGCUGCUGUGGACAAUCACCAUUUGGCUCACUGGGUUCUGGCCCCGCUGCGAUUCUUCUACAGCUUCAUGGGACCGUCAGAACCACAGACUGAUGGACUGCACUGGUACCCUUGGCUUCUGCAGAGGCUGGGGAAAAUGCUGCUGGAUGCUGGACACUUCCACCCCUUGGGGAUCGAGCAAGGACAUAGAUAGGAGCCACAGAGACAGUUUUAACACUGACGACUUCUCCACUUGCCUAUAUCUAGGAGCACCAAAGCACAGAAUAGAGCAUUCCUUCUCCAUAGAAGUGAGCAACCAAAGACAAUUGAUUUGAUAGUGUAUAGUGUUUUUAUACUAACUUUACUUGCCUGUAUUUGCUGUGCUUCAACAAACCGGUUUUUGUAGCACAUGUAAAAAUGUGCAAGAGAUUUGAGAAAGAUUUGUGUUAUACUGGAAAUUCCAGGUUCAUUGAUGCCAGCAAAUUUAGAGGCCUAGCACAACUAAGGCGUGACAGAAAAUCAAAGACAGUUUUGUAAGUACUUGGUAAGUUAACUUGGAUUCCAACAGAAAUGCUGACGUAAAUGUCUCCCUCAAAUUUAAAGUUAACGUUUUAAUAUCAGUAAGUUCAGUGCACCUCAGAGAUCAAAAACAAAGACUGUGUUUUUGAAUUAUGGCUUUUAUGAGAACAAAUUAGUAAUUACGGGCUUUAAACAAUCAGGUUUCAUCAUUCAUUUGUACUGUAUUUGAUUGAUCAGCUCUGAAGCAUCUUUAGAUCAAGCUAAGCCAGACUGAUACUGAAAAACACAUGAGGAUACCUUUUGUGUUCUUCAGAGCUUCAGGUGUCAGAGAGGUUAAGGUGAAGUAACAUGAAGGAAACAUUUGAGGAGAAAGAAAAGACAAACCUGCAUGGAGAAAACUAGUGACCGAAGCUAUACAUGUACAUUGUUAUUUAUACAGUUAAAUAACGUUAUGAAGUAAAGAAAGAUAAUGAUGAAUGAACUUUUCUCUGUUUACUCUUAUCGCACUAAAUCCACUGAUACUUCACUCUUCUCUGUAGAGUCUAUAUUGUAUAAAUGUAUGUUAAACAAAAUCAUAUUUAACUGGACAAUUUAUAAAGCUCAUUACAAUGUGGAUGAUGAAGUUCUGUGUAUUUACUGAAUGCAAUGUACAGAUGUUGCAUAGAAGCUUCACAUCUGAAAGGGGCAUCAUUGGAAAAUUACUGAAUGGCAAGGAAUGAUCUGGCAUUCUGUUGUAUUUAUGUAGCAGUGUGUACACAUAGUAUAGCUACUUUACAUUUGUGAAGUACUGAUGCAAGAUAAAUGCAUGGCACUUCAAUGGCCACACUGUUAGUCUGUUCAUUUAAACAUAUUGACUUUGUUAUCAGGUAUUUUAUUUAAAAGGGUUUAUUUUGUGACAUGUUUUUCAUUGUUUCAGGGUUUCAACUUUCAGGUCAGUGGUAUCUAGUAAAGACAUACAACUCUCAGGCUGUAUUCAACUACUGUAUUAAUUAAGCAACAGCUAUGCAACAUGUUAAGUAACAGUUAUCAUUCGCCUUAAAUAGUAAGAGCUUAUUUGAUGGCCUUCGUUUGCAUGGUGGGUUUUUUAUUUUUCAUCCAUAGACUUCAAUUGUCAGAGGUACAGCAAAUUUGAUGUUUAAAACUAUGGGAAGCCAGAUCUAGUCUUUGGUUAAAUGUGGAUACAUAUAUUUUAACCCAUGUGAUCUUUCAGGAGACACUUGCUGAGUAUGCUUUGUGAAAACACAAACAUUUCAAUUAUCUAGGAAAUCCAAGGCAAAGACUUGUCAAAUAUGUAUAUUAAGAUAUUGUGGGAGAAAAUAUUUAAAGAUCUAUUUUUUAAAAAAUUAUGUAAAUGUAUUAUUAUUUUUUGGCAACUCUGUGCAUACAAUGUGUAUGUUAUAUAUAAAGUUUUUGUUUGUAAACCAAAAUUACUUGUGCUUUUUUUGAAAGUAACAAAUUCAAAGCUCAUGAGUCAUAUAUCACUAAUGAAUAGAAAUAAAGCCUGUUUUU